AUGUUUUAUUUGGAUAAAUUACCAGACGAUACCUUGGUGACAAUUUUCCGCACCCUUGAAACAGAACUGCUACUACGUCUUAGAAAUCAGAUCCCCCUUGGUGUCUCCCAUGAUAUUUGCGACCAUUUAUUGGUUAGAAAACUUCAUAUUGGUGCGAGUCUCCUUGGAGAAACUCUCUUUCCUGUGGUAUUAGGCCCAACGAGGAUCAUGGUAUCGAUUGUCAAUAAUGCCCUUAUGAUCAAGCUCGAUGAUGGGGGGAAACUCGGAUCCUUGAAAAACUUUGUCCAACAGAUCAAUGUUUGGAAUACUGAAACCUCUCUUAGUGGGGCUGACCUCAUUAAACAACAAACCGCGUUCCAGGUAUCAUUGGCAAUGUUUCUUGAUUCUCUCCCGAAUUUGACCAAGGUGAUCACCGAGAUCCCCAUGCCCAAGAUUAAUAAUCCAGUGAUCCUGGUCAUCUCGUUGGUUUUUCCGGGACAAUUAGAUAUCUUGCCCCAUCAAAGUAUGGUGAACAUGAUAAUGAAUGGCCACUAUACCCCUGCCUGUGUGGUAGAUUUGAGGCAUCACGAAUUCCCCAACCUUCAAACUGCGGAGUUUACUAGGUGUUCGGUCUUAAGAAACUUGGACCAAAUGGUGGCUCCAAAGUUAGAAACUUUGGACAUAAAAUCGUGUGCUGGUGAUAAAAGGCCUGGAGAAAUUUUUGGGUAUACCCGCGAAAUGAGUCUUGCAGUACGGUUUCCAAUGUUGACCAGUCUCGUAUUGAAUGGUUGUGGAUUAUUAGAAAUUGGUACCUGGGCUACCGAGUUGAUCAAUCUCACUUUCCUCAAUAUGGAUGGCAAUGAGAUUCUGAAAAUCGCCAAUCUUGAUAACUUGGCCAAUUUGCAAGUAUUAUCCUUGGCAAAUAAUCGACUCACGUCAAUGGACGGUCUUGGAGAAUUAUGCGGGUUAUUAUCUUUGGAUCUCAACAAUAAUCAAAUCGAGCAAAUGUUUGUGCCUUCCCAGCUCCAUAACAUAAGGGUGCUUCAUGUGAAUUUUAAUGAUAUUCAAAUUUUACCCAGAAAACUUCCUGCGAGUUUGAGGUUCUUAGGGAUCGCUGGUAAUAAAUUGUCCGGAGUUUUGGAUCUUUCCACAGUACCCAAGUUGAUCGAUCUCAAUGUAUGCCUCAAUCGUCAUUUAUCUAAACUAUGUGGGUUAUCUUCGAUGCAAGAUUUGCAAACUUUAGAUAUUUCUUCAACAUUGAUUGAUGUUGCCGAUUAUUAUGAAGAUGAUGUUUUGAAUAACCUCCACACGUUGUUAGCCAAUGAUACCAAAAUUGAAGAAUGGUCAACGAUUAAAAAACUCGCGCUGCUUAAAAGUUUGAAAGAACUUCAAGUGAUUAAUACGAAACUUCCAGAAAUGAAAAAAGUGAGAGAACUCCAAAGUAAUCAGGCUUACAAUGACCUUGCCAGAUAUUUUACAUUGCAAGUGAAACCCAAUUUCCACGAUAUUUUUUCCCAUGUUAAUAAUCCUAAGUUGGUUAUUGUUUGUGAAUGUGGUUCAGGAUCUGUAAGUAAGGAAUUCGGGUUAUUCUGA